CAUAUUACAAUUUUGACAAAAACGUUAAGCGCGUUUUGUUUAUUCUUGUUUGUAUUUGGGUUAGAUUAGUUCAUACUAAAUAAGAAGUAGUUUAAGCGGUGGUAUUUGUGAUAUGCAAAACUAAUUUAUAGCAAAAAAAUGGCUGACGAUGUUAUAAAGCACUCUGUACAUACACUUGUGUUCAGAUCAUUGAAAAGAUCGCAUGAUAUGUUCUUGUCCAACCAAAGUUUAUUGCCGCCAAUCGAUGAAAAAGCAGAGAAAAUUUUGAAAAAUGUAAAAGCUCGAGACAGCUAUGGUCAGGUGAUGUCUGCAGUGGAGCAGGCACAAGCAGUCAAACAACAGCAAAUCCUCAGCCGACCUGAAACACCACAUGACACAGAAAUGGCAGAAUCCGCAGCACUAGGUUCAGAUGGUGCCAUGUUACCAUACAAUCCAGGCUCAAUGUCAGCCCCAGCAGCUCCCGGUUCUCAAGGGCUCCUGGGGACUGGUGCUGCUGCAGUUGUACCUCGUAGACCACCCACAGUACCCAAACCAAAGUGGCAUGCACCAUGGAAGCUGUUCAGGGUGAUAUCGGGACAUUUGGGCUGGGUGAGGUGUGUUGCAGUUGAGCCUGGCAAUGAAUGGUUUGCUACCGGUGCUGCAGACAGAGUUAUAAAGAUUUGGGAUUUAGCGACUGGCAAAUUGAAAGUCUCUCUCACAGGACAUGUUAGUACAGUAAGAGGUCUGGAAGUAUCACCGAGACAUCCUUACCUGUUCAGUUGUGGUGAGGACAGACAGGUUAAAUGCUGGGACUUGGAGUAUAACAAGGUGAUCCGGCACUACCACGGACACCUUUCAGCAGUGUACGCUCUGGGACUUCACCCCACGAUCGACGUUCUGGUGUCUGCGGGCCGCGAUGCUACUGCUCGCGUGUGGGAUGUACGUACAAAGGCCAACGUGCACACUCUCACCGGACACACGGAUACUGUAGCAGCGCUCGCCUGCCAGUCCGCUGAGCCACAGAUAAUAACAGGUUCUCAUGACUCCACUAUUCGUCUAUGGGACCUGGCAGCGGGUAAAUCAAUGUGCACUCUCACAAAUCAUAAGAAAUCAGUACGUUCUGUAGUCAUACAUCCGACGCAGUACACAUUUGCGUCAGCAUCACCGGAUAAUAUAAAGCAAUGGAAAUGUCCGGAAGGCAAGUUCAUACAGAACCUCUCCGGACAUAAUGCGAUAGUGAACUGUAUGGCAGUGAACUCUGAAGGUGUGCUCGUCAGCGGUGGAGAUAACGGCACCAUGUUCCUUUGGGACUGGAGGACAGGGUACAACUUCCAACGUUUACAGGCGCCGGUACAACCUGGCUCAAUGGACUCUGAGGCGGGCAUAUUCUCUAUGACAUUUGACCAGUCGGGCUCCAGACUUAUCACAACUGAAGCAGACAAGACCAUCAAGAUAUACAAGGAGGACGACACCGCCUCGGAAGAGACACAUCCCGUUAACUGGAGACCGGAGAUAUUGAAGAGAAGAAAGUUCUAAUAACUAAUAAAAUAUUUUUUGACGUAAAUUG